AUGGCCGAUGAAAAAUUAAGCCGCAAGAUGAUUUUCCCGUACACAUUUACAUCUAAGGUUGUCCAGUUUCCAUUCAAACUACAUUUCAAUAAUCAUUGGAUGUUUCCAUGGUUCAUUGGAGCAGCUGUAAUUGUUUCACCAGUAUUUUAUCUUAUUCAAAAAGCGGCCAACUGUGAAGCUAAUGUAAAGAUUUGGGCUGAAAAAAGAAGGAAGGAAGAAGAACACUACAAACACAAAUGGGAUUAA